AUGUAUUCUGACCGCGACGGGACUGCUACCAAACAGUCUCAAUCCGCCUACGAUAGCCGCGUGCGAUAUCUCCGCCUUGCCACCAGUGUGCUAGUAUCCAUUGGCUUUGGCGCCGCAAUAGCAGAUGGAGAGUAUGGCCGUGCUAUAAUUCAGUGGCCGGCCGACCCGGUCUGGGCGCUCCAUUGGGAUCGGUUACUUUGGGUAGGUCUGACAGCUGAUGCGGCGUUGCUCAUGUCCAAAAUUGACCGCGCCAACGCUCCUAUUCUCUGGCUUCACACGAUUUCUCUGUAUAUGCAGCAAGAUGCGAUUUCUACUCAUCACUCAGCCCUGCGCGGUGCACUCAUGUCGUUAAUGCUCAUCGUCUUUCGACUGCUUCGCAACUCACCAGCCAGAGAGACUAGCGAGGUUGCGUUGCUCGUGCCUCUCCAACUCUUCUGUGUCAUUUUAUGUGUCUUGGUACAGCUUUCGAUUCCACGCCGUCCUCAACUGUUCACCAAUAAAGGGCAUGCUGUUGAUGCCGAAAGCAGCUCCUCUGUAUUGGUGCGAUACUCGAUGUUCUGGUGCCAUGCUGCACUGGACAUUGCCAGCAAGUCAGAUACUUUGAGCACAAUGCCCGCCCUAAACUAUGAAACGAGAGCUUCAAGCCAAUCCGUAAUUACUGUGCCAUCUUCGAGACCGUAUGUUUGGAAUCGCAUCUUGGCUGAGCGCCUUUCAACCUUUGUCAAACAGUACAUUGUUGUCGCCAUGCGCGCCGCUUUUGCUUUUGCGCCUCCAUACUGCCUAGAACGUCUUCUUCAGUGCCUGGAAAGCUCAGAAACCGUCAGCAGCAGGGCUUGGAUGUGGUUCGCGGGCAUGGGAGCUUCCGCUAUUGUCGAGACCGUCGCCAGCAACCACACAGCAUGGACCCAGAUGUCGGAGAUUGGCAUACCUGUCAAGGCCCAACUCAUAGACUCCAUCUUUCGCAAACAGCUAGGCAAGAAAGACUGCAGAGAAGAGAAAAUUGCAUCCACGAGAGCGUCGCAAGUUCCCGACGUCAUCAAUGUUGUGUCCGCCGACUCCAACGCGCUAUCAUUUUACGCGGCCAUUGCCUACAUUCUUCCCUUUCGACUGUUCAAGUUUCUUCUCGCAGUCCUGUUCCUGUACUGGCUUCUCGGAUGGCAGAGCACGCUCGCUGCUGUUGUGGCAACUCUGGCAUGCUUUUCUGCUCACCGUUCCACAGUCAAGCAGACAAACGCAGCGCGGAAAACGCUUCGGUCGUCUCGCGAUCGCACCACGGCGGUUUUGAAGGAAGCCUUCUUUUCACUCCGUGAGAUCAAAUUUUCCUCUCUCGAGUCGCAAUGGGAGUCGCACAUAGGUGCUGUCCGCGAGCAAGAACUCCGAGAUCUAAGCUGGAGCCGGACUGCUGUAACCAUUCGCGGAAUUUGGGAUACGGCUGGGCCAUUCUUGGUGGUCAUCGCUGCAUUAUGUGCAUACAUGUAUACCGGUGGAAGUAUCACUCCGUCUAUUGUGUUUCCAAUGAUGAAUGUGCUGUACCAGCUGCAGGACACAUUGAGUUUCGUUCCUACGGCGCUGAACGACUAUUUCCACUCCAUAGACACCUCUGGCCGCAUCGACAAAUAUUUGGCAUCUGCGGAACAACCAUUACUUGCUGAGCCGUCUCCGUCUGGAAACAUUAUUUUUGAAAACGUUACCAUUGCGUGGCCUUCAGACCAUGUUAGUGAAGUUGGAGACGAUAUAGAAUCAAAGACUGAACCCGCAAGGUUUUCGCUCCGGGAUCUUAACAUGGCAUUUCCAUUUGGCGAAUUAAGUAUCGUGUCUGGAAAGACAGGUUCAGGCAAAAGUUUAUUGCUCGCGGGUAUUCUGGACGAGGCAGAGCUUGUCCAAGGUCACAUCAAGGCACCAUCUGCCCAGGGAUGCCCCAACUCCGUGGCAUAUGUGGCUCAGGUUCCCUGGCUGCACAGUGGGACAAUACAGGAGAACAUCCUGUUUAAUAGCCCACUAGACCGAGAAAAAUACAAUCGAGUGAUAGCCGCGUGCGCACUCGUACCCGAUUUUUAUGCUCUUGCCGACGGAGACCAGACGCAAAUCGGCCGGCGUGGUGUCAAACUGAGUGGAGGGCAGCGCACACGAGUCGCGUUUGCUCGGGCUCUGUACUCUUCUGCAAAAACACUGAUCCUCGACGACAUAUUCUCUACUCUAGACACACAAGUGUCAAAGGAGAUUUCAUGCGCUUUGACAGGGGAGAUCUGCAAAGGUCGAACCAGGGUAUUGGUGACGCACCACGUGUCACUGUGCUUGCCUCAUGCCAAAUACCUCGUUCACUUGGAAAACAGCAAGGUCUUAUACUCUGGAACACCCGAAUCUGCACCGAAAAGCAUACUGCAAAUGGACGCAGAGGACACAAAGGGGAUGCGCACAUCGGGACCGGCAUCAGCGUCGUCUACUUUGAGCCACACGGGCGCGGCUACCAAGGUCGAAACCGGAGACGCAAUUGAAAGAAAAAAAGUCUCAAAAUCAGAGUGGAAUUCUUACCAAAGCUAUUUUAUUGCUGCAGGUGGUAUCAAAUUCGGAGCUACCUUUGCGUUACUGCUAGUUGUAAGUCGGUUACUGAACGCGCUUACUUCGUACCUCCUGGGCCGCAUCAAAUCUCAUGGCCCAUCGAGGACUGCUUCAUCAGAAUUGGCCACUCUUCAAGAAGAUCCUACAUUGUUUUAUAGCAUUUCUCUGUAUAUCGGUGCCGUUGCGUUGGUGAUUAUCACAACAUCGCUCUCAAAGCUCCAUACAGAUGCUUCAACGCUGCGAGCAGCCAGAGUUUUAUUCCGUCAAAUGACAUUCACAGUGCUUCGAAUGCCUUUGACAUGGCUGGAUGUAGCACCCGUUGGGGCGAUGUUGAAGGCUUUUACAGUCGAUGUACGAUCUGUUGACGAGCUGAUGCUUGCUACUCUAGCAUCAUUUAUCGACAGCGCCAUCAAUGUCCUCACGGCAAUUUGUAUCGGGUUGUAUACUUCCAAAUACACCAGUAUAGCCACCAUUCUGCUGGUUGCCUGGUGCAGCAAGCUCGUUUCACGCUACAAGAAAGCGAGUGCCAUGGUAAGGCGCACAGAUGGAGGGCCAAUGGCCGAUAUCCUCGAGCAUAUAACAAGUACAUCUGCGGGAAUAGCCACCAUAAGAGCAUUCGGCGCUAGUAAUACCUAUAUCGAGGCCAUGCAGCGUUACCUUGACGCAGAGUCGACAGCGAAGCGACACUUUUACAUCUUCAGUCGUUGGUUAACUUUGCAGAUGAGUCUGUUGGGCAUCGUGUUUGCCAUGAUUACGGGCGUCCUUCUUCUGACAUCCGACUCUACAAACAAUGUGGCACGUGUUGGAUUCUCAUUGACCUUUGUCAUGUCGUUGAGCAACAUGAUUAGCACUACAUUCAGCAAAUUUGGCUAUCUCGAAUUAUAUAUGAGUUCGAUAUCAUCUGUCAUGCAGUAUACCGAGCUCGACAUAGAGGAUCCAAGUGGCAAUGAUGUUGCCGCUGACUGGCCGUCGGCGGGGCAGAUUGACGUUCACGACCUACAAGUUGGCUACUCGACUAGCCUCCCACCAGCCUUGAAGUCCGUCUCCUUCCAUGUCAAGCGAGGAGAAAAGGUUGGCAUCGUCGGCCGCACGGGUGCUGGCAAAUCAACCUUGACGCUGUCGCUCCUGCGCCUUCUGAACGUCCAAAAGGGGAGCAUCAGUAUCGAUUCCAUUGACAUUUCGACUAUUAAAGUUGGAGACUUACGCUCAAGGAUUGGAUUUAUCCCCCAAGCUCCAACACUGUUCUGCGGGACUAUUCGGUCCAGUUUGGAUUACUUUGUGCAGCUAUCUGAUGGCAAAAUCAACGACGCACUGCGACACGUCGGGCUUCUGGCCGAGGAAGGCGGUGCAGAUUCGGGCCGCUUCACUGCCGAAUCACCCGUCGCUGCGGGCGGUGAAAACAUGUCGCACGGACAGAGGCAGCUGUUGUGCCUAGCCCGGAUCAUCCUCAAGAACCCAAUGGUUAUCAUACUUGAUGAGGCGACGUCGGCUGUGGAUGGCGAGACAGAUUCAAUGAUUCAAGACGUCAUACGGAAACUAUUUCACGGUACAUUGAUUGUGGUAGCACAUCGACUGGAGACGAUAGUGUCAUUCGAUAGAGUUUUAGUCAUGGGAGAUGGCACAUUGCUCGAAGACGGGACUCCAGAAGAGCUAAUGAACCGUAAGGGGGCGUUUUACAGUCUAGUAGAAGAAAGCCAAAAUAGUUCUUUUUUGAGGAAGGCGAUUAUGGGUAGAUAG